AUGGGUCGAAUAAUUCGUAUUGGAGAUUCGUCUUCUACGCGCCGCGUGAUUUCAUAUGAAGAUGUGAAAUCGUUUGGGCCACUUGUCGGGGAUAGUAAUCCUAUCCACGUCGACGCAGCUGCAGCGAAAGCCGCUGGGUUCCCGUCUCCUGUGGUUUAUGGAAUGCUGGCCGGCUCUCUCUUUUCAGGAAUCUUGGGCUCCGAGCUUCCCGGUCCGCAAUCCAUUUAUUUGAGCCAGACACUGCGCUUCGUGGCGCCUAUACUCGUUGGAGAUGAAGUGGAGGCGCGUGUCACAGUAACCCAGUUUAAGAAGAGCAAGUUCCUCAUAGCAUUUCGCACAACAGUGACCCGCAUAGAGUCUGAGACAAAGAAAGAGACGCUCUGUAUCGAAGGGACAGCAGUGGGGAUGAACAAAACAGUUACAUUUGAGGGUGAUAGUGAGUGGAAUAUGCCGCGCGUGGAGUGA